UCUCCGGAGUCACUUCCGCAUCGGGCUUCCGCGUGUCUGACAGUUAGGCCUUCCCCGCACCGCAUUCGGCACUGUCCAGGAGAAGCCGACCCCUCCCACCCAGGCCACACCCCGCGAUGCCCGCCCCACCGUGCGCCUCCUGCCGCAAGGCCCGCGCAGCCCUGCGCCGCCCGCGCUCCGGCCAAGCGCUGUGUGGCACCUGCUUCUGCUCGGCCUUCGAGGCCGAGGUGCUGCACACAGUGGUCGCGGGCCGCCUGCUGCCUCGCGGCGCCGUGGUGGCCGUGGGCGCCUCGGGUGGCAAGGACUCCACCGUGCUGGCUCACGUGCUGCGCGAGCUGGCGCCCCGCCUGGGCAUCUCACUGCAACUGGUGGCCGUGGACGAGGGCAUCGGCGGCUACCGGGACGCGGCGCUGGCGGCGGUGCGCCGCCAGGCGGCCCGCUGGGAGCUGCCGCUCACCGUCGUGGCCUACGCCGACCUCUUCGGGGGCUGGACAAUGGACGCUGUGGCCCGCAGCACGGCAGGCUCUGGCCGCAGCCGCUCCUGCUGCACCUUCUGCGGGGUGCUGCGGCGCCGGGCACUGGAAGAAGGGGCACGUCUCGUGGGAUCCACGCACAUCGUGACAGGCCACAACGCCGAUGACAUGGCGGAGACCUUGCUCAUGAACUUCCUGCGGGGCGACGUGGGCCGGCUGGCCCGGGGCGGGGGCCUGGGCUCCCCGGGCGAGGGGGGCGCCCUGCCGCGCUGCCGCCCGCUGCACCUGGCCUCGCAGAAGGAGGUGGUGCUGUACGCGCACUUCCGCCGCCUGGACUACUUCUCCGAGGAGUGCGUCUACGCGCCCGAGGCCUUCCGCGGCCACGCGCGCGACCUGCUCAAGCUGCUGGAGGCCGCGCGGCCCUCCGCGGUGCUGGACCUCGUGCACUCGGCGGAGCGCCUGGCUCUGGCCCCUUCGGCCCGGCCCCCGCCCGCCGGCGCCUGCUCCCGCUGCGGGGCGCUGUCCAGCCGCGCGCUCUGCCAGGCCUGCGCCCUUCUGGACGGCCUGGACCGCGGCCGGCCCCGCCUGGCCAUCGGCAAAGGCCGCCGGGGGCUGGACGAGAUGGGGCCGCCUGGGUUGCAUCGGGAGCAGGUCCAAACCCCAGCCUCCGAGGCCGUAGCCUCCGAGGCCGUUCCCUCCUUCUAGGGACCACAGUUUUCUGUUAGGAUCCGACCUGGGAGUUCAGGGAGCCUGCAAAUGACACUGUGAAUAAACCCGUUACCGUUGUGCAGGACUUCCGUGUGAAGUCCGGAGGGGGACGGAACCGGUUACCUGUGACCCUGCAGGAGGUGGGGCCUGAGCUCCUGGGUCUGAGGGAGGAGGGGGCUGAACAGCUUCCCACUCCUGAGCGAGUGGGAGUUGGGGGGCUGCUUGCCUGAUACCUCUGCCAGGUUCUCAGCCAGCCCCAGCCCUUCCUGAGCACCUGCUGUGCACAAGCGUUUCCUGUUUGCCUGUAGCGGGGUAAGGAAAGCCACCUGCGUUGGUGGGCACACGUCAUUCACUGUAAUCCUGGUGCUUCUCUGAGCCCUGUGCACGCUGCGGGCGCCGCCCCCUCAGUUCACUCCCACGGUCUCAUUGGCUGUAGCCUGAGCACCAGCACCUGGCCUGCGGUUACCUGGAUGGUGAGGGACAGAACUGGGGGCUCACACCAGGGUCUGCCUGGGGCUCUUCUAGAUGGCAGAAUUGCUGUCCCCCUACACCGUCACACCAGAAUCCCUCCUGGUGUCUUCGUGACGGGUGAGGAGCUGCUGGGUGGGUUCCACAGACCUCAGCUUCUGGAGGCGGAGCUGGGUGAGCCUGGGUCGGUGAUUUAACUUCUCUGGUCUUCAAUUUCCUCCCCUGAGAGUGGAAUCGAAGCAUUGUUGUGAGGAUUUGUUAAAGUGCUCCAUAAAUGGUGCCAGCUUGGUUGUCACCUUAAGGUUUGGCCACCAGGGGGCUCUGGGUUUCGAGGUUGCUGUCAUGGGCAGGUGUGAGGCCCAGAAGCUUCCUACUGGACUCCUGGGGAGAUGUGGUGUUUUCAACCCCACCUCUCAGCUUUCCUAGGCCGGUCCUGUGUCUGGAAUGCCUUCCUUGCCCAUCUUCCUGCUCAAAUCCUCCAGGGUCCUCCUGGAAGCUUCCCAGAUUCUUCCACCCUGUUCAGACCCCAUCCACAGGGUCAGGUCUUCGAGUCAGGCCACCCACAUUCUUUCGGUCUCGUUUUUCCCUAAAUAGAUUAGACUAGAGGACAGGGACAAGGUGCCUUGUCUCUUCCAAGAGUCAAACAAGCAUUUGUUUAAUAAUUCAUUCAAAAAACGUUUAUUGAGCUCUGGCUGGUUGUAGCUCAGCGGACUGAGCUUGAGCUGUGAACCAAAGGGUUACCAGUUCGAUUCCCAGUCAGGGCACAUUUCUGGGUUGAGGACCAGGUCCCUAGUGGGGGCUCCUCUUUAUCCUUCCCUUCCCCUCUCUCUAAAGAUAAAUAAAUAAAUCUUUCUUUUUUUAAAAAAACAAUGUUUAUUGAGCACUUUGUCUGUGACCUGUGUCUUGGGUGCUAGGAAUUCCUCCAGGGGCUAGAAAUGCUGCAGUGAGCAGAAGACAAAAGCCCCUCCCUUUAUGAAGGUCACAGUCUGGGAGAGGCAGACAACCAGCAAAUACAACAUGGUUAAGUCAACAAGUAAAAUAAGGUGGGUUGAGGUGGGAGGGAGGUGGCAAGAGCCAGUUCCCAUAGGCAUCAGGGCAAGGCCUCUUUGAGGAGGCAGCAUCUGAGCAGAGGCCAGAAUAAGUCAAGAGGAUGAAUCUUAAAGCCGCCCUGGGAAAAAACUUUCCAGGUGGAGGGAACUGCUGGGGGUGGAAAUAAGCUUGGGAAUCUACAAAAUAGCAAGGAAGUGUGUCCACAGCAGAGCAGAUGGGAAGAAUAGCAAGAGAUGAGAUGAAAUGAGGCAGCAACCAGGGCAGGUCAGGCUGCGUCUGUAGAGGCAAGAAAUACUGCAACUAUUCUGAGAGUGAUGGCCGCCCAUUGGAGGACUUCUCACCAAAAGAGUUCCAUUGUCUCAAAAAUCACUGCAGCUGCAAUGAGGACAAUCAACUGUAGGGGGCGCAAAAUGAUCAACGUCACAUGGGAUGACUUUUUUUUUUUUUUUAAAUCCUCACCUGCGGAUGUU